UUCUCAAACUCACCAACAAUGAAGAUGCUGGUCACUCUGAUGCUCGUCUACAUGCUUUUUUCAGAAGCUUUACAGGGUUCUGCAGCUCUGAGGUGUUACAAGUGUGAGGGGCCAACAUGUGAUCAUGAACCUGUGGAGUGUUCUAGACAUCAAGAUCGCUGCAUCUACGAUGGAACGAUGGGUUCACCAUAUACAGUGAAAGGAUGUGCAACCAAGGCUGAGUGUGGUGCAGCAGGGAGAACGUGCUGUGACACUGAUCUGUGUAACAAAGAUUUACAGCCUCCUACACCUCUGAAGUGUUACGAGUGUAAGGGACUGAUAUGUGAUCAUGAACCUGUCACUUGUCGUUUUCCUGAAGAUCGAUGCUUUACCAUGACCGAAAAAAAAUAUAUGGUACUGGCUAAUACUGUAAAGGGAUGUUCACCCAAGACUGAGUGCGAUAAAACAGGCAGAGUGUGCUGUGACACUGAUCUGUGUAACAGUGCUGAGGUGGUUAAGCUGAGUCUCCUCAUCAUGCUGGUCCCUCUGAUCCCCUCCAUCCUCUUCAUCUGAACUCUCUGCUGCUCCUCUAUCAGUGAUUCAUCUCUUACUGGAGGAACAGAAAUAUUAUAAAUUUACUGUCUGGAAACAAUUACAUAAUCUUCCUACAUUUAAUGUCUCAGCUGUACUUUCAGAUAAUAUGUGAUAAAUGUUAUAGAUUAGAAUAGAUUGUACUGUAACUUCUGUAACUUCUGCAUAUCAAUAAAAAACGUGAAGACCAA